AAUUAUCUUUCAGUACGCUAGUUGUAAUCAGAAGCAUUCAAAUGAAUGAGACUUUGAGUUGUUUUCCGAACUUAUCGUAUCGGAGCGGAUGUAGGUCAAAUCGGAACAGCAAAUCUAUUAGUUGAUUUUUUUCUUUCAAAUAGAACUCAGUCGAGCUGUCCCAUUGAAACCUAGAAUGAUGUGUAACGGCGGGUCUGAUUCUGUGCAGGCGUGCGGGUCACUGCAGGUGAGACAUAUCCAGUAUUCCAGCGCACUAGUCACGCCAAAGGUCAUUGCCUCACUUUUUUGACGCUUACUCUCGAUAAAUCGUUUGAGCAAGAAGCUAAGUAACAAUGGACGAGAUCGCGCGAGUCGCACCACACGGGCGUGUCGCCCGCCGGCGGCGGCGUGUCGAUCGCCGGUCACCUCUCAUCCUUCUUUACCAAUAGUAUACCGCGGUGGCGGUGCGGUCGACGCGCGAACCUCAGCGUGUGGUGGAUGCACGCCGCUCUGUGCGCUCCACCGCUGCCAAAUGCAGAUUUCACGGCACUGUGUCACAGUGUGUCUCCGUCGGGUUAAGCGCGGUAUAAUAUGGAUAAGACCGCUACCACCGUGAGCACGCAACAUUGUUGUAACGCCGACGAGGCCGGAGAUGUCUGGCCUCUGGACUAGGAUUCUACUGUAGUGUUUGUUGAUUUAACGCCGAGAGCAUUAUAAUCGGAGUCCGAAAAUACGCUAAUCCAUGAGGAGUGGUCUGAAAAUUUCGCGUGAUUUAAUCCAGUCAGUGAUAAGCUUGUCACUAGCCGAGCCGCGUCCAGGUUUGGGAGCGCUCGAGAAACGCGGUGAGUAGCAGCUCCAUAUAAUUCUUUGAACGCGAUAGUUUUCUUUACCGUUGAGAAUCGUUUUACAAACAAUAUAAAUAAUAGUGUUUGGGAGCGCAGCGGGCAGUGCUCGCCACGCCGCUGCCCGCAUCACAUCGUCUCGCAGCUCGUCGCUCGCAAACACAGAACACGCGACACAAACCUCGCGAAACAUUCCCUAGCCCUCCAUUGUUGCCGCCCGGCGAGGGAUGACACUAUAAGCGCCAUGGUGCACGCACAAGUGCUCGUACUGGCCAGCGUCCUGUUGGCGAUCGCGUACACACACAGCAUAGGCAAAGUGAGUGACAAGGAGGCCGCGCCGCAGACCAGCUCUAGCGAGUUCUUCCCCGAUUGGGUGCCGUUUAAGAACAAGCAUGGCGAGGAUUUGGGUGAGUUCGUGCAAGUGGAGAAGAAAGUGAAGCCCAAGAAGAGACUCGCACCGCCUGUUAACUUUAUACUGAGAGCGGUGGCUGAGCCUGAGGGUGAUGACUAUUAUGAUAAGGGGCAGGGCGAAAGUGACAACGAGGAUGACUUCGAGAAGAAAGAGUGGUCGGACUUGAAUCGUGGGGUACAGCCAGCUGAGCAGGUCGCACCGCUCAACCAUACUGACAUAUCCGACAUCGACGGCGUGGUGGGAAUUAUCACGCGCGAACCCAGCGGCCCCAUACUGAAUGUAUUAGGUCCUAAGAAGGAACGACCACCUACUCUCGCUCCUGCUCGUGCUGCCGCUCCUGCUGUGGCCCCUGUCGCUAGUUUAGAAGUCGCAGCUGACGCCGCCGAGAUAGCGGCCGAAGAGCCGAGUACUGAGCCACCCAAACAAGAAGCAACGAAGAAAGAAGACGAAGAGGAAGCGGAUUACGAUGACACCCCCGCGGAGAAACAGAAACCACAGUUAUCAGAGGAGGAGCGGCGAGAGAACGAAGCGAAGAAAGCCAAGAUACUCAGCAGCGUCGACGAAUUGAAAGAGCGUCACGCUGAGGAGCAAAAACUAAUUUCCGAGAGGAUCAAAGAGGAGGAGAUGUUCAAGGAGGAGCGGGAGCGAGACGGAGUACGGCCACAGGACCAAGACGACAAGUAUGGCGGCAAAAGAUCUUCCAAGAAGGUGGUGCCCGACUACGAAGAGUAUGACGACGACUCGUCAUCCGCCGAGGACAAAUACGAGGUCAAGCCGCAGCGCACCGGCACCGUUGCCUCCGCGCGCCGCACCACGCGCCGCAAGGGCGACGACAAGCACUCGCCGCCGGGCAAGCAAUCUGUAUUCAAAAAUCCCCGCCUGUACGUUUCCUAUGACGAUGACAGUGACGAGACUACCACGAAUGAGCCAGAGACCGCUCCCCCCGUGCGCCGCACCACCACUAAGUUCUCGGCAAAAUAUCGUGAUACCCAGACCGCUGCUACUACGCCCCCCACGGACGCCGACGACGGGGACAGGAUUUCAUUGCUGCCCGACGACACAGGAUCUAACGGGGAGCCUACUCUCUUCUUCCCCAAGAAGACGAGCAAGAAGAAGAGCAAGCGACGUAAGUCAAAGACUACGACGCCGGCGCCAGCGGACUCGUCGGUGGCGGAGACGGUGGCGGACAAGGCGGCGGGUCACGCCAGCGCGCCCGCGCCUGCUGCGCCCGUGACGGCGGUAUCGGCUCCUAGCGCGCCCGCCGCCGAUGCCGUGCCCGCCUCCACCGACCACAAAGAUGACAAGAAGAAACAAGAGGAUUACGAAAACGAAAAAGGCGGCGGUCGCGAAUACCACUCCCAGCACGAGGAGGAGCACGGCGAGCACGGCAAGAAGGCGUACGAGGGCUACCAUGAGGAUACGAAGACCGCAAAGGGUCAUACUGACAAGGAGAGCCACUCGGGCCGGUACGACGAUCACGGCGGGCAGAAGAAAGAAACACCACGACGAGGCGGGCCACUACGGCUCCCACCACCACGAGGAGCACGGCAAGAAGAACGCCAAGUAUGAAGAGUCGGGCAAGCACUCGAAGGGACACAGCACCAAGGGCAGCCACGACAUACACAAGAAGGAAGAAUACGAGAAAAAUGUUGAGUUCUUUGAGGAGGAAGGCGACUCCGCCGAGGACGAGAAGCAUGGCGGCUACCACGACGAGAGAGAGCACAAGAAG